AUGCGUUUAAUUGGUCAUAUAUUGAUUGCUGCCCUUUGGGUAGUUAUGAAUGUUGAAGGAACGGUUUCCAAACAAGUCUCGAAGCAAGUGGGCGAAUACGGAUCAUAUGCCAAUCCAAAUGCCAGGGCCUUUGAUAAGUGCACAGCACAAGAGCUAAUCAAGCUUUCACAAUGUUGCAACGAUGUCCUUGUUAAGUUAAACACCUGUAAGGCAGAAGACUUGGCUUGUGAGUGUUGUGCCUUACAAAGCAUUGAUAAAGAUUGUUAUAACCUUUGUCCGGGUAACCCAUCCGUAAACUUUCUUACUGUAUUGAUUAAUGACUGUUCUUCACUACAAGGGGUCAAUGCUUGUGGAUUACCGUUUAAGAAGUAUAACGAUCCUAUACAGGUAGACCCCUUAAUGGUCUCAGGGAAGAGCUUACUGCAAACAAGCAGUAGCAUUACUACCAUUCCUACACCUACCUCUACCAUCUCUUCUAGUGCUCCUAAUCAAGACACGACUACAGUAGCUUUACAAAACAGCACGGUUGCCACGAAUGAUACUACGGUAUCAUCAACAGGAUCUACUACUGCCAGUUCUUCAAAGGUUGGAGUUGCCAGUUCGAACCUGAACCACGUCGUUAGUUUGAAUUAUUUUGAUAUUGUAGUAUUUGGAAUGGUUAUAUUCUGGUAUUAUAUUUAG